CUGCCAUAGAAACGAGAUAUAUACAAAUAUGGCGGAUUAAAACUGUGUCGUGGUGUAAUGAGGCUUUCAUAGCUGUUCUAUACCUGCAUAUUUUCUGUUAUUGUUCAUGAGAACUAAGGGUUGUGUACAUAGACAUAAACAUGCCGCCGAAGAAAAAGAGUGGUAAGGGUGGUAAGAAGGAAAAGAAAGGUGAAAAGUCGAAGUCAGCACGUCCAACGAGACAAGCAGGAGAGCCGUUGGGGGAAACAAGCAAGGCAUUUUAUCUUUUACAGAUUCGAGAUCUAGAAAACAGACUUGCAAGAUACCAGCGGAAAUGUGAUGAGCUUGAGGUUGGAAAUGGCCAGUUCAAUGAAAAAUUUGUACAGCUAGAGACUGACAAGAAGGAGGUGGUUGGUUUCUGGAAAAGACAAGUAGAAACCAAAACGGAUGAGAUCGCAGACUUGAAUGACAGAUACAUUGGGCUUCAGCAAACACGAGAGAAUGAGAAGGAGCAGUUUGAACUGCAGAUUCAACAACAGCGCAAUGAGUACCAGGAGAUGAAGGAUACCCUCACCUCAGAGAACAUGAUUUUAGGAGGAAAGCUAGCUUCUCUAGAAGAAUUCAAGGUUCAGAAGGAUGACCUUAUGGCCAAGUUUGCCAUGUUGGAGGAAGAACUUAAAAAGAAGCAGCAGGAUCAUGAGGAAGACAUCUACAAUUUGGAGAAAAAAGCAGUAAUAGACAAAGAUAGACUGAAGAAGGAGAUGAUCCUACGGGUAAAUCAAGUGGCAGCAGAAUUCCGCAAGGUAUCCAACAAGCAGAUGGCAGAGACAACCAAGCGAACAAUCAGGGAAAAUGUAUCCAUCACCACACAGCUAGCAAAGAUGUCAGACAAAACCAUGGAGAUACUGCAAGAAAAUGAGGAGUUAAGAAACAAAGAGAAGCAGUAUAAGCAGCAGAUUGAGCUGAUGGAGGUGAAUGAGAAGGAGCUUGCCAAGAAAAACCACAGCAGUCAGAAAAUCAUUCGCAUGCUGACUGAGAAAUGUCGACAUCAGGAGGAGGAGAUUGCUGCUUUUGAGCAGAAGGAGCAAGAGCAUCAGCAGGUGCUGGCUGAAGUGAAUAUGCUACAGGAGCAAGUAACCUUUGCACAGGAGGAAACCAAACAAGUGGUCAAAGUGAAUGAGGAAUUAAGUGAAAAUCUGCGCUCAACAAGUAGAAUGCUAGAAAAUGAAACUGACAGGAGGAAAUGUCUCGAACACAUCCUGGGCCAGACAUCCCAAGUUCUCAAAGAGGCUUUAAGACGGACUAGGCCAGCAUAUGAUGAGCCUGACACAUCUUUAACAGAUGUUGAGCAGCGCAACCACUUGCUACAGCAGUUGUUAAUGCUGCUGAACUCUGCAGCAUCAGCAGGUCUGGGUCCCAAACCAGGUGAAUUGGGCAAACAGUAUGAAGAAACCAGUCAUGCGAUCAUCCGUAUGCCAGGCCACGAUCAAUUUAGCUAUAAGAGUGAUCUGUCAGCCUUGGGAUCAAUUGGUGCUAUUCCACAUUACAACCUGGGUGACCUUGGUCUCGUUCCACGACCCUCACAAGCAGUUCCAACAUUCACUGAACGUGUACAUGGUUUGUCAGCCACAACUCAUCUAAGAAGCCUUCGCAAGGUGCUUACACGUUCUGUGGGUGUUCAAACUGUCAGCACUCCCAAGGCACUUUUCUAUGCUGAUCAGCUUUUAAGCCAAGCACCAAAGGAUCCAACAAAUAAGGAAAAGACAGAACUCAUCCACUCACCCCCUGUGCUGGGUCCCAUCACCUCCUCCAAGACCUUGACCAACAAAGCAUUUUGACUGUGACAGCUUGAUAAUAUUAGGAGUCUCAAAGACUGCAUAUGAUGUAUAUCUAAAGGGGUAUAAAGUUGGUGACAGUUUGAAAAUGCAAUUUAUACUUUACCAACUUUUGUAAAUUGCUGAGAACAUUCAGUCGUGACAACAGCUAAAUGGGAGCUCAGAGGACCCCUUUACAGCUAAGAUUUGCUGUGUUCUAUCAAGUUUAGCUUGAUAUAAUGUUUGUUAUAUUUUUUAUUUCUUGAUAACAAAGGCAAAAGUUGUACACACUAUGAUACAAGUCUGCUACAAAGAUAUUCUGAAAUGAGGAGAAGAUAGUCUAGUGGUUAGAGUAAUGGCAUCUGAAUGUCAUAGUGCAUGCAUGUUGACUUUAAACUUGUGAGGCAUAGCACCAAGCUUCCCCUAGUUGACCCAAGUGUGGAGUGGGUAACUCCAUAGAGGACUGGGGAAGGUAAGUCCGCACAGAAAAGGAGAUGGUACUAUCCUCAACAAAAAAAAAACUUACCCUAAGAUAAGUGAAGGCUGUAACACCUCUCUCCCUUUAUCCCUAAGGUCCACGGACUACCAUUUUUUCCCUAAUAUAUCAAUACUUCCCCAGGAACCAAACCAGAACAAAUGACAUCUGUGCACCUUGUACACUACUGAAUGGUUUUGACUAUACCAAAUCGGUAGUUAAGAAAUACAUUUAUGUAUAAGGAACAUUUAUGUUUGCCCAACUUAUCAACAAUGAAUGCACUUCAAUAAUGUACAGAAGCACUGUCUGUGAUAAUGUUUGCAGUAUAAAGCUGGCAUCAUACAUCUUAGGCACUUUCAUUCUGCCAUUAUUAACUCUUUAUAGUUCUGGUUUUUUUUUUUUCUUAUCCACAAACAUGGUUUUUCAAUUAUAACUAAUCAACCGAACUGUAAUAAGUUAAUAUAAUGCUUUGCAACUUCUAUCUCUCACAAGUGUAUACAAUAAACACAAAAAUUGAAAUGAAAAAUAUCAUAACGUUUUUCUCUGAAAUCACUUUUAUCAAAAAGUUCAUGCAAAUUGCAACAGACUUGUGACAGAAACAUUUUAAAUGAGGAAUCACACAUCUCUGAAACAGUUACAUUAAAGUUUUUAAUCACACACUACCUAAUUUUCAAUCACAAAUGUUGAAUUUAAUCCUCCUCCUCCAACACACACAGAGAGUUUGCUUAAAAUGUAAAUAAGUUUGCUGUAAAAAAUUGCACCAUUCAUAUCACAACCUGAAGGAUCAGAUGUGGUUCCCUAGUAUUAUGCCACUUGCACCCCAGUGUUGCGUGCAAACACCCUUUUACCAGCAAAACAAUGUGCUAAUUCUUGUUUCCAUGCUGAAGUCAGUACCUACUCUGGAUUUUUUUUCCUUGCUCUUUGAGGUGGAAAUAUUUAAAGUUUUUUCUCUUUACAUCAUUUGUCAAAAUGUAAAUAGAAAGCAAAGAGAUAAAGAUCUAUGCCAGAUA